AUGGUGUUGUCCAUGGAUCAAAGUGUGCUAAGGGUCUCGAUUGAUGUGAAAUCCAACGACCGACCAUUUCCACGAUUUGGGCAACCACAAAGGAUUGGUGAAUAUGCGGUAGCCCUGCGAGGAGGAUUUUAUUGCCAGGUGACACGAGACAGAUGUGUGGUAUCUGGGCGUGAAGAUGCUAAGUAUUUGUAUGAAGCUGCGCUGGCCGAUGGCGGACGAGUACGAUUCGACCUGAAUAAGGGGUUUAGCACGUUCGAAGAAAAGGUUCUACAUGAAGCUGAUUUUGUGUGUUGGCGUGGCCUUUUAACCCGGAUAGCUGCGACCCCGUUCUCUCCGAAAGACCCGUGGGAGUUCGCAGCAGCACGAAUUGGAGGAGUGAUUUUCCUGUGCGAAAAGGAGACAGAAGAGACUCGUCAGAGGAAGGAUUCGAUGACUCAGAGAGAAAAAAUCAUGUCAUAUUGGGGAUUCAAGUUCGAGCAAUAUAUGACGGUUGCUGAAAAAGGCGGGCAGCCGAAUGUCAGCGAGCGGGUGACGUGCCGAGAAGAAUUCGCGAUGGUUGUCAAAUCCACUCUUGCCGCAACCGUUGGACGUCCUUUACGGUUGGUAUACAGUGGUGAAGUGGAUGCCAUCAAUAAAGAUGGAGAACCGAUCGAGUUGAAGACACAACGACAUGCUCUUGAAGGCACGUUUUGGAAGCAAAAGAGCUUGAAAUGGUGGUUGCAAUCAUUUCUUCUUGGUAUUCGAGACAUUAUUGUUGGUUACCGUGACGACGAUGGGAUUGUAAAAAAGGUUGGAUUCGUGCAUACGGAUGAGUUACCAAAAAGCGGUGAAUGGUCCGGGAAUGUUUGCAUGAAUGUGUUGUCCAGUGUAUUAACGUCGCUGCGUGAUUUGCUAGAAGAAGACGGUGAAGCAUGCGUGGUCCGCUUUGAACAAAAUCGUGACGAAAUUACGAUUCACUCCACUCCGUUACCUGAUAUCGAUUUCUUCACCUACGCGUUUCGUGUACAUUUUCAAUUUGGAAUAGAAGAGUUGUGUCAAAAGUCCGGGGAGUCUGUGGCGUUUUUGGCUAGAUGA